AGUUACCUAUACACAUCGAGACUUCAGAAACCAAAGCAACGAAAGAGAUGUCUCUCUCGCACGUACCCGCACACACAUCGACAUCUUUAUCUUUUUGUUCCUUUAUUAACUUUUUUUUUUCUUUUUUGCCUUCCACUGCACCCAUGGUGAUGCUGCAUAGAGAAGUAUACGUCAAAUUGACCGCGGGCAGGGCCGUGGGGUGGAGAUACUGUAGGCUGCCUGGGUUUGGGCAGCUCUGAAUAUCUUAUUUUUAUGCAUAUUUUGGUUUUCUGGAUUGGCAUUGGAUUGUGGGUUCAUAGGCCUCAAAGAAAAGAGGAGAGGAGGAAGGCUCAAUGCUUGCACUUUACUCUCCAAUGGAUGCUUAGUGUGCUGCACUCUGAGCUGGUGGUUUAGAAAACCGGAGACAGUGUCUGCAUCCUUCUUUUAUUCUCUGCUGGUCUCUUUCUUUGAUUGUUAAACGCCCACAUUGCUUUGUUUUCUCUUCAAAAUCAGACUUUUCACUCCUCUGCCUUGGGUGUUCGUAUCACAGUCAUGCUAUCUGGAUUCCUGGGCUUCUUUGCUUUCCCAAGGUUUUAGAUUCAGAACUCUUCUGAGGAAGGGCAAAAAAAUGAAUCUCUUUUCCCCCCCUCCUCUCCUUUCAGAUUCCAGUAGCCGGUUGUGUUCUUGAUCCGUUUUAAAUGGUCGGAAGAUCACGCCACUUCUUUCUGUUCUAAGCUUGACCUUUGGUUUCUGAUUUUUCUUUCUGAAAUAGAUCAGAAUACUUUUUUUCUGGGCCUCUUUUUCUUAGCCUUCUCCACUAGUAUCAGAAGAGAGAAUAAGAAACUAAUUUCUUUUGGGCGUUUGUUUUCCUCAUUUUUCUCUCGCAAGACCCAGAUUCCUGCAGACCCUUGGUAGACUUUUGGGACCUUCCUCUUUGUGGCUGUAUGAAGAAGUGCUGAAACAAUGAGAGAUGAGAAUCCAAAGAAAAGCAAGCUGUCAUGGCCCAAGACGCUUGUUAAAAGAUGGUUCAACAUCAAGAGCAAAGGUCGGGAGCGUCAUGCAGAUGAUGUUGCUGAUAGAGGAGAUAAUAGGCAGUGGACGGCAAACUUUUCUGAGAGGGAGACAUGUACUGUCAAGAGAAGCAGCACAGAUAGAUUGUCCAGGAAGCACAUAGAUCAAAUUCAGCAAAGAACGUUUGAUCCUCAUUCAGCUCAAGUUGCAGAUGUUCAGGACUACAAGAUAUUUGUUGCAACUUGGAAUGUAGGUGGGAAGUCCCCACCAAGAAAUUUGAUUCUCUUGGACUGGCUUCAUUCUUCUUCUCCUUCAGAUAUAUAUGUUUUGGGCUUCCAAGAGAUUGUUCCACUAAAUGCUGGGAAUGUUCUCGUCACAGAAGAUAAUGGUCCAGCAAAGAAAUGGCUGUGGCUUAUUAGGAAGACUUUGAACAGUCCUGACACCUGCGGGUCUGAUAGCUAUCACACGCCAUCACCCGUUCCAUAUCCUAUCUUGGAGUUGAAUGCUGAUUUUGAGAGGUUCUCAGUGAGGCAGAAAAAUUCGUCAUUUCUCCAUCGACGUUCCUUUCAAUAUCCAAGUCAUAGUUUAAAAUUUGAAGGGGAUACUAUAUUACCCCAACAAAUGAUCGAGCACCGAUUCAGUGUCUGUGAUAGGGUUAGCUUUGAGAGCAGACCAAGUGAUUUUGAUUCCAAUUUUAGGUGUGAAGGUUCAUCUGAUGAUGAGAACAUUGGUGAGGAGUCACCUACUGACAUGUUUAGUUCACCAAAUUCGUAUGGCUAUGGUGCUCCUCCACAUGUUGAAGAAAGGGAUAGGCUAUCUGUAAACUCUAGGUAUUGUAUGGUUGCGAGCAAACAAAUGGUUGGAAUAUUUCUUACAAUUUGGGUGCGCAGUGACAUUAGAGAAGAUAUUAAGAACUUGAAGAUUUCUUGUGUAGGCAGGGGAUUAAUGGGUUAUCUUGGAAACAAGGGUUCCAUAUCGAUCAGCAUGUCCUUUCACAAAACAAGUUUCUGCUUCAUCUGUAGUCAUUUGACCUCAGGGCAGAAAGAUGGGGAUGAACUGCGUAGAAAUUCAGAUGUCAUGGAGAUUCUAAAAAAGACUAGAUUCCCACAUGUGCAGAGAAGUGAUCAUGACAAGUCUCCUGAAACAAUUCUUGAUCAUGAUCGCAUAAUAUGGCUUGGGGAUUUGAAUUACCGCAUUGCUCUUUCAUAUCGGUCAGUGAAGACUCUAGUUGAAAUGCGCAACUGGAGAGCUUUGUUGGAAAAAGAUCAGGUGGCUUACCGACAACUCUUUAAGUCCUAUGUUAGUUAUAAUCUCCAAAUAGAACAACGAUGUGGCCGUGUAUUUGAAGGAUGGAAAGAAGGAAGGAUAUAUUUUCCUCCCACCUAUAAAUAUUCGAAUAAUUCGGAUCGAUAUGCGGGGGAUGACAGAAACCCUAAGGAGAAGCGACGAACACCUGCAUGGUGUGACCGUAUAUUAUGGCAUGGAAGAGGCCUUAAUCAAUUGUCUUAUGUUCGAGGAGAGUCGAGAUUCUCUGACCAUCGACCUGUAUAUAGCAUUUUCACAGCAGAGGUUGAAAUGAUGAAUCAUAGCUACCUCAGGAAGAACAUGGGUUAUUUUGGCUCUCGUGUGGAGGCGGAAGAACUGUUACCACACUCUCAUGGUUUUACAGAGUUAAACUACUGCUAGGUGUCCUGCCAAAUCAAGACAUUCUGCUUCACUUCAAACUACAAAGACUAUUCUCAACCUCUUUGGAAAUCAGCAUGUAGUUCUUCAAAUCAAGCAAAUAGAGGCCAAAAAGAGAGCAUUCAUUUAUUGGAAACUAGAGAUGAAGCAGGAAAAGCAGAUGGUCGUUUUGCUGCUGUCCAAAAUCUAGUCAAGAAAGAUGUUUGAGAGAACUAAACCAGAAUAGGUCAGUUACAACAUCUACAGAAAGCUUGCUUCACUCACUAAAACCUAAGCAAUCCUACUAGCAGCCAGAUGAUAGUUCCCAGUUGAACAAGAAUACUCUCAAAAUAAAGAUACAUUGAACCAAUAAGAAGAUGAGACACUCCUAUUGCACCAUCCAACCAGUCUGAAGUAGCCAAGUGAGCAUAUAACUUUUUUUCUUCUUGAAUUUAAUUUUUAUUUGUGACAUCAUUCUUCUCAAAAUGAGUGCAGAAAAUUUUGUAGAGCAAGAAGGGUGAAGUACAGUCAAUAAUAAUGUGCAUAAUUCUUUUCUUUUUUGUAUUGAGAAGAAGGAUGAGUUCCUGGUUCAUACUCA